AUGGGUGCAGCGGCGGCAGCAGCAGGAAACACAACAACAGCAGCAGCAUUGACUGGAGCAGCAGCAAACUCGGCUAGACCCUGCUGUUCUAGGGUUGACGUCGGAAUUGUCAACGCAACAUUGCCUCAUCUUGAAAACACAUCUCCUGCUGCUGCUCGUGCUGCUGCUCGUGCUGCUGCUACAACUGCAGUUGCUGCAGCUCCUCAUCGCUCUAUAUCUACAGAAGACAACAAUGAAGUUGUGGAGACAGUCGAUGCUGCGGCUGCUUCCUUCUUGCUGCAGGUGCAGCAGCAUCAGCAUACAGGUGACUGCUUGGAGCCUGUUUGGGCCACUGAAACUGCUGCAGCAGAAGCAACAGCAGCGGUGGCAAACGCACAAGAGCAACAGGAGUUGCCUGUCUUGCUACUGAGUUGCAGCGGGGGGUCAGACAGCACAGCGCUUCUGCAUGCAGUUGCACGUGCGUUUGGCCUGAGUGCUGUUACCCCGCGCGCUGUUGCUGCUGCUGCUGCUGCUUGCAGCAACCGUGAACAAGCGUUGCAGCAACAGCAGCACCAGCAGUAUGGAGGUAGCUCAGCGGGCGCCGAGAAAAAAGCGUUCGUGAGUAGCCAGUUGCCGAGCGGCCGCAGCAGCAACAGCAGCAACUGCAGCAACAUUAACAGAAUGGCAGCGUGCAUGCGAAUUGGGGGCAUGGGUGCGAUGGUUGCUGCGGUGUAUUUUGAUCAUCGCCUUCGCCCCACAGAAACAGAAAAAGAACAGCAGCAAAUAGCAGCAGCUUGUCGCGUGUACGGCAUCCCGUUGCACUGCAGAAAGAUACCAGACAGCCUUCUAGUUGCAUGCAAUAAACAGCAGCAGCAGGUGGGCGGCAAACGCAGCAGCAAAGGGUCGCCGCAGCAGCUCAUGCGCAACUGGCGCCGACACGAGGCAGCAACCCUACUGACCCAAAUAAUCCAGGAGCAGCAACAGCAACAGCAGCAGCAACAGCAGCAGCAACAGAAACAUUGGCAACAGCGACGGGGUUUUUUGCUAACGGGUCACCAUGCAGACGAUCAGUUGGAGACAAUUUUCUUAAAACUUCUUAGGGGUGUCAACGUUCUCAACCUCCACGGCAUGGAGCCUCUGUCUUCCCUUACAGCAGACAUUUCACCCGCUUACACAGCUGGGCAGCAGCAGAUAGCUAGCCACCCGGGGCUAGCGCUGGGGAGUGUUUGGAGUGAAGAUUCUUCGAACAGCAGCCCCAAAUAUCUCCGCAACUCAUUUCGGUCUGCCGUCCUGCCAGCCCUUGUUAACUUCACGCAGCAGCACCAGCAGCAGCAGCCAGACCAACAGUGGCACGAAGAUCAGCAGCAUCAAAACGAAGGUCCUGCUUCUGUUGCUCCAGAACCAGUGGAGGUGCCCGUUGGCGCGUGUGACUUGCCAUCAACUGUAGCUGUAGCUGCUGUUGCGGAAGCUGCAGCAACGACUGCAGCAGCAGGUAGACCAGAGUCUCCAUCAGCAAAAACAGCAGCACCUGCUGCUGCUGAAGUGGCAGACGCCCAUCUUGCUGCUCUACGUCGUCGCCUGCAGCUGCUGCACCAGCAAGUACUAUUGCUGAAACGGCACAUAAACCAGGAAGCUUCCGCAUGGGAACGCACGCACCUUAGAUGCACCGCUGCUGCUGCUUCUGCUGCUAACUGUGGGACCGCUGGAGAGGGCCACGCAAAUGAAUCGACACCGACGGGAGACACCGCCGCCGCCCCAGCAGUACCAAUCGGUUCAGAACGGGCUGCCUUGCAACAACGGCAACAUGAACAGAAUCCUCAGGAGCAACAUCAACAGCAGCAGCAUCAACGGCAGCAGGAGCUUCCCCUUGCGGUCUGGGCCAAAGUGAAAUCCGAGUUCGUUCAGCAGCAUUUGCUGCAUCGUUGGCUGCAGAGGGGAAUGGGGGGAGGGGAGCUGCAGCACCGAACUAUUCAGCUUCUUUCAGGCCGUCUUGCAGCAACAGCAGCGCCGCAGAGCAGUCGGCGACGCAGUAGCAGUAACACCUGGCGUGUAGAUGUUGGGGGAGGCUUUGCUGUUGCAGUAGAUGGACACAACGCUUCCCUCAUUCGCACCACCAACAAGCAGCGGCAGUAG